GGCGGCGGCUGACGAAGCCCGGCCCCAGAGCCGGCAUGGAGGAGAAGUUCGGCGGCGGAGAGGUGGUGGCCGGAGGCGGGCGGCUGGGGCCCGUGGAUGUGCCCAGCGCCCGGCUGACCAGAUAUAUUGUGUUGUUAUGUUUAGCUAAGUUUUUAAAGGCUUUAGGAUUGUUUGAAUCCUAUGAUCUCCUGAAAGUAGUCCAUCUUGCACAGUUUCUCUUCAUAGUAAAACUUGGGUCUGCAUUUUUUAUGGUUUUGUUCCAAAAACCAUUUUCUUCUGGAAAACCUAUAACCAAGCAUCAGUGGGUGAAAAUAAUUAAACAUGCUGUUGGUGGCUGCAUAAUUUCACUCUUGUGGUUUUUUGGCCUCACUUUGUGCGGACCUCUAAGGACUGUAUUGCUCUUUGAGCACAGCGAUAUUGUUGUCAUUUCACUGCUUAGCGUACUGUUCACGAGUUCAGGAGGAGGCCCAACCAAGACAAGAGGUGUGGCAUUUUUCAUCAUUGCUGUGAUCUGCCUGUUGCUUUUUGAUAAUGAUGACCUCAUGGCUAAAAUUGCAGAACAUCCUGAAGGACACCAUGACAGUGCUCUGACACACAUACUUUAUACAGUCAUCGCUUUCUUAGGAGUGGCAGAUCACAAGGGCGGAGUGCUUCUGCUUGUGUUAGCAUUAUGUUGCAAGGUCGGUUUUCACGCGGCUUCCAGAAAGCUCUCGGUAGAUAUAGGCGGAGCCAAACGCCUUCACGCGUUGUCUCAUCUAGUUUCUGUUAUCCUCCUGUGCCCCUGGGUGGUCAUCUUGUCUCUAACGACAGAGAGUAAAGUAGAAUCCUGGUCUUCUCUUAUCAUGCCUUUUGCUACAGUUAUUUUUUUCGUUGUGGUUUUGGACUUCUAUGUAGAAUCCAUGUGUUCCAUCAAGAUGGAGGUCUCAAAGUGUUCUCGUUAUGGAUCAUUUCUCAUUUUCAUUAGUGCCCUUCUUUUUGGAAACUUCUGGACUCAUCCAAUAACAGACCAGCUUCGAGCAAUGAACAGACCAGCACACCAGGAAGUCACAGAGCAUGUUCUUUCUGGCGGAGUGGUAGUUAGUGCCAUUUUCUUUAUUUUAUCUGCCAAUAUCCUCUCCUCCCCAACACGGAAAGGGCAGAAAGGCACUCUUAUUGGUUAUUCUCCUGACGGAAUACCACUAUACAAUUUUAUGGGUGAUGCUUUGCAGCAUAGCUCUCAGUCCUUACCUCGAUUCAUCAAGGAAUCCCUGAAACAAAUUCUUGAGGAGUCUGACUCAAGGCAAAUCUUCUAUUUUCUGUGCCUAAAUUUGGCUUUUACUUUUGUGGAACUGUUUUACGGUGUGUGGACCAACAGUCUUGGAUUAAUCUCAGAUGGUUUUCACAUGCUUUUUGACUGUUCGGCUUUGGUUAUGGGUCUGUUUGCAGCGCUGAUGACUCGAUGGAAAGCAACCCGUAUAUUCUCCUAUGGGUAUGGCCGUGUAGAAAUUCUCUCUGGGUUUAUUAAUGGCCUUUUUCUCAUGGUAAUAGCUUUCUUUGUCUUCAUUGAGUCUGUGGCCAGACUGGUUGAUCCUCCAGAUAUCGACACAAACAUGCUGACUCCAGUCUCAGUUGGAGGAUUGAUAGUAAAUCUUGUUGGUAUCUGUGCCUUUAGCCACGCCCAUUCUCAUGGGUCUUCUCGAGGAGGAUGCCCUUCACACGAGCACAGCCAUUCACAUCAUGGGCACGGCCACAGUCAUGGGCAUGGCCAUUCCCACAGCGAUCACGGGCACAAUCACGGACAUUCGCACGGAUCGCUCGGCAGUGGCAUGAAUGCCAACAUGAGAGGAGUGUUCCUACAUAUUUUGGCAGACACGCUUGGCAGUGUUGGAGUGAUUAUAUCAACAAUAUUCAUUCAGCAGUUUGGAUGGCUGAUAGCGGAUCCUCUGUGCUCUCUCUUUAUUGCUACAUUGAUUUUUCUCAGUGUUAUUCCACUGAUAAAGGAUGCCUGUCAGGUGCUCUUGUUGAGGCUGCCACCGGAGCAUGAGAAAGAUCUGCACAUGGCUUUAGAAAAGAUCCAGAAGAUAGAUGGUGUCAUCUCCUGCAGAGAUCCUCACAUCUGGUGUCAUUCUGCACACGUUGUAGCAGGCACGAUACAUGUACAAGUGAUGUCCGAUGUAAUGGAGCAGAGAAUUAUUCAGCAGGUUUCAGCUAUUCUUAAAGACUGCGGAGUGAACAAUUUGACUGUCCAGGUGGAAAAAGAAGCCUACUUCCAGCACAUGUCUGGCCUCAGUACAGGAUUUCAUGAUGUCCUCGCCAUGACCAAACAAAUGGAAUCCAUGAAGUACUACAAAGACGGCACUUACAUCAUGUGAUCUGAAGCUACGUGUUUGUAUUAUUUUUGUCAAAAGAAUUUGCACAUAAUUGUACAGAAACAAAUGUACUAUAUAUUUGGAUUUUUAGAAGAUGUUACAUUUUUAAACCCAGAUCAAAAAGCUUAAAAAGAGGUGGGACUACUAUAACAUCUGUUGUAUAUGUGGAAAUAAUGACAAUGUAAAAUAUUGCAUUUGGUGUCCAUUAAACACAUUUUGCUACAUGAGUAUGGAUGCGCACAAA